UAAAAUUUUCGUGUUUGUAUUAAGUGUUAUUUUGUAUUGUUAUUUUUCUGUCGUUUACGUUACCAUUAAUUUAAUGAAAAACUAAAAAAAAAUUAAAAUUGUGUUCGUACCACGUGCAAGUGCAACAUAGAUUGCCAAAAUGUCGGCAAUCAUAUUGUACUUGGUGCAACGGGUCAUUUUUCCGGUGCUGUUUGGAUUUUGCAUAAUUUCACGGCCGGCUGUUUUAUCAAUUCCAUAUUUGGUGUUCUUGCUGUAUGCACCAUUUUUACCGUUCACAACAAGAAAAUUGACCCAUAAACGCACAAGAUGCUUUUUAAAGUGCGUGUUGGCUACAUCGACCAUCAUUUCGCUCAUGCAAAUCGGUAUCCAGCUAAUGUUGUAUUUCAAGGGAUUGGAAUUACUGAGCACUAUGAAACCGUUAGGUGGUCAUCUCCAAAGUAUCGGACUCACCGAACUGUACAUACCACAUUCUCAGUCAAUUUGUUGGUGCUUCGUGAUGGACGUAUUUCUAUGGGUGUCUUCUGUCAUUACACUGGUGCUAUUGAAGAAGAUUUCGGCAGUUGAACACAGCAACGAAAUGGGAGAUUCGAUCAUCAUCGACAACAUUUUCGGUCGAAGCAAAUAUUUGCAGGCUAAAAGUCAUAUCAUUUUGGAAGGAAUCGCAAUCUUUUUUGUGUUAUCCACAUUGUUACUCGCCGCAACUUUACAACCAUCAGUUCCUAGUGCAUUAUAUUUUCUCGCAUUUUUAUUGCUCAUCACAUUUUGGGCAAUGAAUAAACAAAUGUAUCAUGGUUUUGUACUGACUUGUCGCAUAGUUUGUGCCGUUUUAAUUGUGCAUGUCGGUGCCAUAUUUGCGAUUCAAGCAUCGUUUGCGGUUGAAAAUGAAUUUUUUCAUAAACAUAGCCAAAAUAACAGUACAUUAAUGCAGUUGUUGGGGUUGAAGUCUCAAUUUGAAUUGGUUGACAAUAACUUUGUAUCUGUCCUUGAGCUGACUGAAGUAGAUGUAUUUUUGAAUCCAAUUGUACUUAUUCUAUGCUAUUACACCUCAGCAAUUUACCUACGUGACAUUAGAAGCAGAAAGAAACCGGAGAGAAAAAACUCAACAGCCAUUCAACUCGAACCGAUUGAAGUGGAACAUGAAGAGAAAAAGGAGACUAGCGCAACAAAAACUUUUAUCAAGCGAGUUUAUGGUUUUAUAUGUCGGCACAGUAACAUUGUCUCGAAUGUCAUGAUGAUGCUGUGGAGCAUUGUGUUCCGUAGUUGGUUAUCGUUUGUGUUCUUACUGAUUGUGAUAAUAUUGUGGACUCGAUCGACUCAACGAAAAAGCGUGCAUCGUUUAAAUUUAUUCAUAGUACUCUACUCCGAUUUGUUGAUGAUAUUGCAAUACAUCUGUUGUAUCAUACCAACGAAAGAGGUAAAUGAGCACAAAGACGAAGGUCAUUGGUUGAAAUCACAUUUGGCUGAAAUUGGCAUCAGUCGCUACGAUUCAGAGAUCUUUCCAUGCAUACCGCUAUUGUUUCAGGCCAUAUGUAUAUUAACAUUUUGUUUCACACUGCGUCAAAGUAGAUGCUGUAAUGAUGAACAAAAACGUGCAUCGGCUCGUAGUUUGCAAUCAUUUCCCAUGCAUCCUGAGAAGAAGGCCACCAUUUGGAAGUGUUUUGAUUUUGGCAUUAAUGUUUUGACACAUCUAUGGGUUUUACUGAUUUUAUUCACAAUGUUCACUUAUGCAAUUUGGGGCAAAGAAGCAAAUCUCAUGAAACUAUGCUAUCUGGUUUACGUUCUGAUCUUCAUAAUAACAUAUCAAUUGUCAUUGUACGUUUGGCGAAACAUGACAUAUCCACUUUGGAUGCUGGUCAACGUAUCGGCAAAUCUCAAUUUGAUUCUUGUAUACAUUUAUCAAUUUGAAAAAGUGGAGAGUUUCUUCAUGAAUCACAUGGGGAUAAACAGUCAUAUGCAAACCAUCAUUGGUCUUCAUCGGUAUGAUUCGAAUCUGCAGCUACUUAUUCAAUUGUUUUACUUCACGUUUUUGGUCGUUAUCACAUCCAUUCAACUACUGAUAUUCCAAGAUAAGUAUACAAAACAAUUCAUGUGGAAAUCAGAAUCAGAAUCAGAUGCCAGGGCCAAGGAGAAGGCAGCCAGUGCUGAAGAAUUCAAAAGUAACACGGAGAAUUCAAAAAAAUCAUUCAUUGAAAAGAUUAUUCAAGGUAUAAGCUCAUUCAUCGAUUUGAAUAAAAAGGCCAUGGAUUGGAUUUGUCGCCUGUUGGAACUACAUUUCUUCAAAGUACUAAUGAUUUUGGGAUUUCUUAUGAGCAUUAGUGAGAUUUCAUUUUUCAAUUUGUCGCUAUUCGCUCUUGUGAUUUUCGCUUGUUUAUUUGAAACAUACACAAAUAAAUUGAUUUGUGGCAUUAUCUCAUUGGGAGCUGGAAUUGUUGCUGUUUUAAAAAUUCUAUUUGAAUUGUUCAAAAUUCCCAAAAAUCUUGAUUGGCUUUGUUUUCCUGGGACAGAGCAAUCUUUAACAUCAAUGGCCUUUUGUGAUAUAAACUCAACAGCAACAUGGAUCGGAGUACAAAAAUUAAAUAGCCAUAAAAAUCUUAUACAGAUUUUUGCACCGUAUUUGACAUUUUUGGCAGCAGGAACACUCUUUGCGUCAGUCUUAUACUAUCAAACGCGAAAACGAUUCUUGAAAGGCGAAACGGUUGAUGGAUCAGAAGUGCUCUUUGAAAAUGUAACACGUGAAGAUGCAGAUAAAAGUGUAAAACUAUUGAUCAAAUAUCUCUUCAACUAUGGAUUUUACAAAUUCGGCAUCGAAAUAACUCUUAUCGUGCUUGUGAUAUUGAUCAGUUACCGAAGAGACGUGGUAUCGGCUGUGUAUGUCAUUUGGUUGUGCAUUAUGUUUGCCUGUCGACGCAAAUCGAAGCAGUUGCUAUGGUCUUUAUUUCUCUAUUUUGUAACACUAGCCAACAUUGCUCAAUAUGCAAGUCUGUUGAAUUUGCCAUUAUUUUUGAAAAUAGAUUUCAAAUGGGAGUUCGAUCAAAUUGAUGCAUUGAGCAAUUGGCUUGUAUUGAAACAACAACCAUUGAAGUUAUUGCUCGAUUUUCUGCUAUUGAUGUGCAUUUGUCGUCAACAGAAUGUGUUUCGCAUCGAAGAAAAAUACAGUGGUGGAAUAUAUAAAGGGGGUCGCAAUCAGUCAACGGUUCUAGAUGUAUCUGUCAUCAUAUCAAAUCAACUACCAAUCCGAACACAUGAUUAUCUGUAUCCAACGAAUUGGAUUGAUGUCGUCAAAUGUGUUGUUUACUUAAGUUCAUUUUGGAUCACAUUGACAGUUGUCUUACUAACUGGCACAAUUAAAAUCAACCUGUAUUCACUUGGUUAUUUGAUUGCAUCGUUUGUAUUCUGUUAUAUUGGCACUAAUUUCUACAUGAAACCAAUUAGAUCGAUUAUAAGUUGGUGGGAUUUAUUGAUUGCGUACAAUGUAUUUGUGAUUGUAACAAAAUCGAUUUAUAAUGUGUGGGUUAUAUUUCACGAAAAGAAUCGUAAAAUAUCAUCACCGAAUAAUGAUGAUAUGGUUACAUCAGUGCAUAGCCUUUUGAAUGAGAAUGAAUCAUCGAUUGUGCACUUGGAUCAAUUGGACGUGGGCUAUGAUUGUUUAUGCUUUGCAUUUCUAAUCUUUCAAUUGCGCAUUUUCAAAAGUUUCGACUUUGUUCACAUGAUUAACGAAAGCAAAGCCACAUUUGUAUGCGAUUCAAGAGGAACCAAGUUGUUAGAAGCACGCUUGUCCGAAAUGCAUUCGAUUAAAGAACAACGUGAAAAUGAAACACUUGAGAAAAUCAAAUUGAAAGUCGAACGCAUUAAGGCUAAUCAACGGAAAUUUGAACCGAAUCUCAUAGCAGCCACUUCGCAUCAAGAAGCCACUCGAUACAAUGGCAAAUAUUUGUAUGAAGAAUUCGUUGAAAAAACAGAAUCGCGGCUCAACGACACAAAUGUUGAAUCCGAAGAAUCGUUUCUGCUCAAGAGUCAAAACAGUACUUUGAGGAUUACCCAUGCACAUUCGGUAGUCGAACCAAGCACGUCAAAACAAGGCGAGAAUCGCAAUAUUCAAAAUGAAUCGGAAGCAGACAGCAACGGCGAGGAACUCCGAAAACAUCGUAUCAAGACCAUUAUACGCGAUUUUCUUGUCUCAAUUACACUGUAUCUAUACAAAUUUUCACGAAAUUAUCGCUUUGUACAUGAGAUUUUGACCAAAGAGAAAAAAAUGCUGAAAUUGAAGUCGUGUGGUGGAAUUGAUGGAAGCUCUGGUGAACAAAAGACCUACUUUUUCUCACGCCAACAUUCAGUGGCGGCUGAGUUUUGUCAAGCCCUUUGGUUUGCACUUAUUGCCAACACUGACGUAAUCUGUUAUUUGUUUAUAUUUUUAAACACAAUAUUUUCGAUGAGCAACUGGACAAUUCCGAUGUCAUUGGGCGUUUGUCUCUGGGCAACAUUAACCAUUACACGACCAUCAAAACGGUUUUGGCUUACAUUGAUUACUUAUAUUGAGGUUUUGGUUUUUAUGCAAUGUUUCUUACGAACAAUCUCGCAUUUUCAUACAAUUGAAAUUCUUAAAUCAAAUGCCACAAUCAAUUUGAUCCUGUUGCAUUUGGUGCUGUUUCAUCGGUCGGUUCAAAAACAUAUGGGCGUUUGGACAAAGAAAGCGAAUGAAAAUGUAGCAUAUGCGUAUGAUUUUUUGAACAUUCGCUCAUUAAAUGCAACGGUGCGGAGUAAUUCGUUAGUUCAAAUACCGGCUGAUGUCUAUACAUUUAUAUUUUUAUGUGAUUUAUUCAAUUUCUUUGUGCUUAUGUUCGGUUUUUCGGCGUUCACUCAAUCACCCUAUGAUCGUGGCGUUUUCAAAUAUGUACAAGAGAAUCAAAUACCGUUUCGAUUUUUGCUAGUGUUGCUAAUUCAAUUUGCUAGUAUGCUUAUCGACCGUGCGCUUUACUUACGGCGAAAUAUGAAGGGAAAAAUUAUCUUCUAUCUAUUUUCUGUGAUAGCCGUUCACCUAUGGCAAUUUCAUUUCAUCCAAAAAUACAAUGCAAAACAGUUGCAUGCAGUUACAUGGCCACCGAAUCUAUUUUACUUCGUCAAAUGUAUAUAUUUCUUGUUUUCGGCCUAUCAAAUACGUUGCGGCUAUCCAAAGACUGUAUCUGGAAAUUUUGCCACCAAUGGAUCUUCUUUAACGCACUGGCGAGUGUUUCAAGUUUACCAAUUUAUACCAUUUUUAUCGGAAGCCCGAACAUUGCUCGAUUGGCUUUGCAUAAAAACAUCGCUGUCUCUUUACGAAUGGUUCAAAAUGGAGGACAUUUACUCGGACUUGUACUCGAUUAAGUGCCGUCGACAAUAUGAGAAGUCUGCACCGAGACCAAGGGGCACGAUACGCGGAUCAAAAGGAGAUUAUAUAAGAGCAAUGUUCUGUUUAAUCACAUUUUUUUUGCUCAUCUGGGGUCCAUGGGCAGUAUUCACCUUCGAUAAUUCGUUUGGAGAUUCAAAUGUGCCGUAUCAAGUAAGUGUUACGCUAUAUGCUGGAUCAACUGCUGAGCCGAUCUAUCGAAUGACCGCACAAUCAGAAAGAAACAUACAUCAAUUUGAUAAAAAUGAUUUCAAUCAACUGAAAAAAGUCUACAAAAAUAACACCUCAGUGCGAUCAUUCAUAUUGAAUUACGAUGAAACAGAUAUAGCUGCCAUCUCACUGGAUGUGAAUUCAACAUCUCUGUUUAUGAUGUCUCCGCCGAGUUUGCAAAAAUUCAAAAAUGACCUUAAUCAGAAUGUAAAAAUUAAAAUUCGAUAUUUAAUUUCCGUAUCGCGAUUGACACACGAUGAUUCGGAUGUAGUCGAAUUCAGUAAAAAAUUUGAUUUAAACGCAGAUGCUGAAGCCAGACAAGAGAUGUUCAAAAUUUUAUCCGAUGGCGAUCAUGCACAACGUGUUCAUUUACCAUUAAUUCUCCCGAAGUUCUUGAAGGUCAUGAAUUCGAAAGGAUUGGAACCGAUCUCAAAAUUCCUGCCGAUUGAGAAUUAUCGAAAUGUUACACUACGCCUGAAUGAAAUCGAUGGAAUGAAAUGGUGGCAAUUGGAAGAAGAUUGCAGUGAUAAUUUUUACGAAGAGAUUUUAUCGAAGCUUCCAUAUUCAAAUUGUGCCGAAAAUACAGUGAUAUAUACAUUUAAUGAUAAAUUAUUCCCAUCCGGCAUAAGUCCCAUCAUCAAAUCGGGAAUAUUAGGCUUGUACUCUAUGUAUAUUUUACUUACGUGGAAAUUUUUCCGGCAAUGCAUGGCAAGCAACGUGGCAGACAUAAUUCAAAAAGAUUUACCAUACGUCGACCGUAUUUUACAAUUAUGUUCAGAUAUCUAUCUAGUGAGAGAGCAGUGCGAUUUUAAACUGGAAGAAGAUUUAUACGCAAAAUUGAUAUUCUUGUAUCGAUCGCCAGAAACGAUGAUACGUUGGACUCGAAUUCCAGAUCAAACGAGUACCGUUGAUGAACAAGCAGAUAUUGAUGAAUCAAAUGCAGAAAAGGCGUUACGCCAAUCUCUUAGUCAUCGUAUCAUUUAAAACAAAUUAUCUCAUUAUUCAUUUCUAUAAAUACUCCAUCGAUUCCAAUAAGAAAAGCUAGAUUUUUAAAUCAUAAUUUAAACAUAAUUAUAGUAAUAGUGUCUUGAUUUAUGUAUAUAAUUAAACAAUUAUUAUAUUUAUUUAUUUAUUUAUUUGUGAGUUUAAAAGAUGCGAUGUUAAUCUGAAGAUAUAAAAAUAUAUGUAUCACUGCCACGUA